UUCUGGGUUUGGCUGUUUUGGUAAUGGAGGAUGGUGAGUGGGUUCUGGUGCGGCCACCGGCAGAGAAGGAACUCUGGAGUCCGAGUUUAGAGGAUGCAGAGAGUUCUAAGCCUUUGAAGGUUACAUUUUCUGGGCCGGCGAUGCACUGGACCAAUGCGGUUCCUAUUGGGAAUGGGCGGCUUGGAGCUAUGGUUUGGGGGGGUGUGGCAACAGAAACUCUCCAGCUUAAUGGCAGGUAGUAAUAAGUAAUGGUUAUUUUAUUUCAAUUAUUACGGAGAGGACACGCUCUGGACUGGGACCCCAGGGAACUAUACCAACCCAAAUGCUCCAGAGGCACUAACAGAGGUCAGAAAACUUGUUGAUAAUGGUGAGUAUGCUGAAGCCACUGCAGCAGCGAUCAAGUUGUCAGGAGCACCUUCAGAUGUUUACCAACUUAUUGGGGACAUCAAGCUUGAAUUUGAUGAUUCGCAUGUUACAUUUGCCGAAGAAACUUACUACAGAGAGCUGGACUUGGAUACUGCAAACAGUAAGAGUAAAAUAUUCUGUUGGUGAUGAAGAAUUUAUGAGGGAGCAUUUUGCUUCCAAUCCAGAUCAAGUGAUUGUGUCAAAGAUUUCUUCAAGCAAAUCAGGGUCUCUGUCAUUUACAGUGUUUUUAGACAGCAAGUUACAUCAUACUUCACAAGCACAUGGAAAAAAUCAGAUAAGAAUGGAAGGAAGUUGUCCUGGAAAAAGGAUCUCACCUAAAGUGAAUGAAAAUGACAAUCCUAAAGGAAUUCAGUUUUCCGUGAUUCUUGAUUUAAGUAUUAGCGAUGGCUAGGGGGUGAUACAGGUUUUGGAUGACAGGAAGUUGAGGGUGGAAGGUUCAGAUUGGGCUGUGUUGCUUCUUGUGGCUUCAUCUUCAUUUGGUGGGCCAUUUACUAAGCCUUCAGAUUCUAAGAAGGAUCCUACUUCAGAGUCAAUCAAUGCUUUGGAGUCAAUAAAAAAUUUGUCAUACUCUGACCUUUAUACAUCAUUUGGAUGAAUAUCAGAAUCUCUUUCAUUUUCAUUGCAGCUUUCAAAAAGCACCAAGAGCCUUUUAGGAAAUAACUUUUUGAAGAUGAAGAAAGUAAUGUCUUCUGUAACUAAUUCAAAUUUCAAGGAAAGUGAAGCUGAUUCCAUUUCAACUGCAGAGAGGGUGGCAAACCUGCAGGGUAUAUGGAACAAGGAUAUUGAACCUGCAUGGGAUGGUGCUCCUCACUUGAACAUUAAUCUUCAAAUGAACUAUUGGCCUUCCCUUCCUUGCGACCUUAGUGAGUGCCAGGAACCCUUGUUUGAUUACAUUUCUUCUUUGUCAAUCAAUGGGAGCAAAACUGCAAAAGUGAAUUAUGAAGCAAGUGGUUGGGUUGCCCAUCAAGUGUCUGACAUAUGGGCAAAAACAUCACCAGAUCGAGGUGAGGCUGUGUGGGCUUUAUGGCCAAUGGGAGGAGCAUGGCUUUGUACCCAUGUGUGGGAACAUUAUACUUAUAAAAUGGACAAAGAUUUUCUAAACAAUAAGGCAUAUCCUUUGUUGGAAGGAUGUGCAUCAUUUUUGUUGGAUUGGUUGAUUGAAGGCCGUGGAGGAUAUUUGGAAACCAACCCAUCAACUUCUCCGGAGCACAUGUUUACUGCUCCAAAUGGUAAGCCUGCCAGUGUGAGCUACUCAUCAACCAUGGACAUCGCAAUCAUACAAGAAGUUUUCUCUGCAAUUAUUUCUGCUGCUGAGGUUUUGGGAAAAACUGAGGAUUCUCUGGUUUGAAAAGUCCUUGAGGCUCAACCGAAGCUACCACAAACAAAAAUUGCUAGAGAUGGUUCCAUUAUGGAAUGGGUACGCUAGUAACUUGAAUUUAAUUUCUGAGCCUUUUUCUGCAAGGCACAAGAUUUUCAGGACCCGGAUGUGCAUCAUCGACAUGUAUCACAUAUUUUUGGUCUUUUUCCAGGGCAUACAAUUAGUGUUGAGAAAACGCCAGACUUAUGUAAAGCAGCUGAUUAUACCCUCUAUAAAAGAGGAGAGGACGGUCCAGGAUGGUCAACUACAUGGAAAAUUGCGUUGUGGGCUCGUCUUCAUAACAGUGGGCACGCAUACCGGAUGGUCAAGCAUUUGAUUAACUUAGUAGAUCCAGAUCAUGAAAGUGACUAUGAAGGAGGACAAUAUAGUAACUUGUUCACUGCACACCCCACUUUCCAGAUUGAUGCUAACUUUGGGUAAGCCACAAAGUUAAUAAUAAAUUCCAUUCCCUCAUGUUUAUUGUUGCACUUCUGUAAGUGAAUUUGGGAGUAGGAGCUCAGAUACUGUAAUCAUUGACAAAAACAUUCGCUUAUUGAGACAUGAGGCUUUCC